UCCUCUUCCGAGAGCGGUAUUAGGGCAGCGGCGCGGCGUCCACGCGGCAGCCGCGGCUCGGCCCAGCGCAGCCCCGGGCAGCGCCGGCCGGUGAGUAUCCGCGUGUGGCAAGGAUCGGGGUUAUCUGCAGGGGCCUCGGCCCACCCGACCGGGGGCGUCUCUCUCUUUCUCCUCGGCUCAAGGACAUCUGACUGGUCCCCAAGUCCUGCAGGGGGAGGGUGUGCUGUACAUUCUCCAACCACAGCUGCACUGACCACGGUUUCACUGUCCUGUGCCUAGAGUUCCCAGCUGGAGUGAGUCAGUCCCCUGCCUCUUGUGCUGCACAUUGGGUCUGGUGACGAUCCAGAAAUGCUUGUCUCCUGUUGUUGGUGAAUAAUAGCAGAGUACUAUGGAUCAUGCUGAAGAAAAUGAAAUCCCCGCAGCAACCCAGAGGUACUAUGUGGAAAGGCCUAUCUUCAGUCAUCCUGUCCUUCAGGAAAGACUGCACACUAAGGACAAGGUUUCAGAUUCCAUCGGAGAUAAACUGAAACAGGCAUUCACAUGUACUCCUAAAAAAAUAAGAAACAUCAUCUACAUGUUCCUGCCUAUCACUAAGUGGUUGCCAGCAUAUAAGUUCAAGGAGUAUGUGUUGGGUGACUUGGUCUCAGGCAUAAGCACUGGUGUGCUUCAGCUUCCUCAAGGUUUAGCCUUCGCAAUGUUGGCAGCUGUGCCCCCUGUGUUUGGCCUGUACUCUUCAUUUUACCCUGUUAUCAUGUAUUGCUUUUUGGGAACCUCCAGACACAUAUCCAUAGGUCCCUUUGCGGUUAUUAGCCUGAUGAUUGGUGGUGUGGCUGUUCGAUUAGUGCCGGAUGAUAUAGUCAUCCCUGGGGGUGUAAAUGCAACCAACGGUACAGAAGCUAGAGAUGCCUUGAGAGUGAAAGUCGCCAUGUCUGUGACCUUACUUUCUGGAAUCAUUCAGUUUUGCUUAGGUGUCUGUAGGUUUGGAUUUGUGGCCAUUUACCUCACGGAGCCUCUGGUCCGAGGGUUUACCACUGCAGCUGCUGUGCAUGUCUUCACCUCCAUGUUAAAAUACCUGUUUGGGGUUAAAACAAAGCGGUACACUGGGAUCUUUUCAGUGGUGUAUAGUACAGUUGCUGUGUUGCAGAAUGUUAAAAACCUCAACGUGUGUUCUCUAGGCGUCGGGCUGAUGGUUUUUGGUUUGCUGUUGGGUGGCAAGGAGUUUAAUGAGAGAUUUAAAGAGAAAUUGCCAGCGCCCAUUCCUCUAGAGUUCUUUGCGGUGGUGAUGGGAACUGGCAUUUCAGCGGGAUUUAACUUGCAAGAAUCCUACAAUGUGGAUGUUGUUGGAACACUUCCUCUGGGGCUACUCCCUCCUGCCAACCCAGACACCAGCCUCUUCCACCUCGUGUAUGUGGAUGCCAUUGCCAUAGCCAUCGUUGGAUUUUCGGUGACCAUCUCCAUGGCCAAGACCUUGGCAAAUAAGCACGGCUACCAGGUUGAUGGCAAUCAGGAGCUCAUUGCCUUGGGACUGUGCAAUUCCAUCGGAUCUCUUUUCCAGACCUUUUCCAUUUCUUGCUCCUUGUCUCGAAGCCUUGUUCAGGAGGGAACUGGAGGGAAGACACAGCUUGCAGGUUGCCUGGCCUCCUUAAUGAUUCUGCUGGUGAUAUUAGCCACGGGAUUCCUCUUUGAGUCAUUACCCCAGGCUGUGCUGUCUGCCAUUGUGAUUGUCAACCUGAAAGGAAUGUUUAUGCAGUUCUCAGAUCUCCCCUUCUUCUGGAGAACCAGCAAAAUAGAGCUGACCAUCUGGCUUACCACUUUUGUGUCCUCCUUGUUCCUGGGAUUGGACUAUGGCCUGAUUACUGCUGUGAUCAUUGCAUUGCUGACUGUGAUUUACAGAACACAGAGUCCAAGCUACAAAGUCCUGGGACAGCUUCCUGACAGUGAUGUAUACAUUGACAUAGAUGCAUACGAGGAGGUGAAAGAAAUUCCUGGAAUAAAAAUAUUCCAAAUAAAUGCUCCAAUUUACUAUGCAAAUAGUGACUUGUAUAGCAACGCAUUAAAAAGAAAGACUGGUGUGAAUCCAGCACUCAUCAUGGGAGCAAGAAGAAAGGCCAUGAGGAAGUAUGCUAAGGAAGUUGGAAAUGCCAACGUGGCGAACGCGACCGUGGUCAAAGUGGAUGCAGAAGUAGAUGGAGAAAAUGCUACAAAGCCUGAAGAAGAGGGUGAUGAAGUAAAAUAUCCCCCAAUAGUCAUCAAAAACGCCUUCCCUGAAGAGCUACAAAGAUUCAUGCCCCCAGGGGAAAAUGUCCACACCGUCAUUCUGGACUUCACACAAGUCAAUUUCAUUGACUCUGUUGGAGUGAAAACUCUGGCAGGGAUUGUGAAGGAAUAUGGAGACGUCGGUAUUUAUGUAUAUUUAGCAGGAUGCAGUCCACAAGUCGUGAAUGACCUCACCCGCAAUAGAUUUUUUGAAAAUCCUGCCUUAAAAGAGCUUCUGUUCCACAGCAUCCAUGAUGCAGUUUUAGGCAGCCAAGUUCGAGAGGCGCUGGCUGAACAAGAAGCCUUAGCUCUGCCUCCCCAGGAGGACUUGGAGCCCAAUGCCACGCCUAUCACCCCUGAGGCCUAGAGGAGGGAGGGCCUCAGCCUUUGCAGAAAUUCCCAGCUUUAAACACUAGACUUUAGAUUGUUUUCCCUAAGGGUAAAUACUAGUUGUCAAGCUUGAUUUGGAGGGUGAAUGAUGCAUGGCAAGAUGUAUCUUACUUGUGUUUUUUAAAUUGAAUAUUUCAAAGAUUAAUUGGCCUCUUGCACUUAUUAUGCAAUGACAUUUGUUACAUUUUAGUAUUAUCCUUGCAUGAUAAGCACUUACACUUUUAUAUCUUUAAUUACUUAUAUAUAAAUAGGACAUGCCAUCACCAGAAGGUUAGUGGUUUUUUAGCUUUGUAUUGUUUGGGUAUAGGCAGUCUAUAAUCAGUUUUCUAAAAGAAAGAAAUCCACAAUUUUCUAGAAGUCCUCGUUUUAAACUAACCUUUUAUUAUUACAGAAUUGAUGUAAGUGCAUUUUAAGUUGAAAAAUUGACAAGGGAAAAAUAAUAAAAACAUCAUAUUCCCACUACUGAGAGAUUACCACUAUUAGCACCUUAAUCCUUCCAGAACUUUCCUGUUGCUUAUGUAUUUUAUUUUUUAACAAAAACAAGAUCAGGUCUACAGUGUUUUAUAACCUAUAUGUUAGUUUCUCCACUUUCUCAUUCCAGAGUAUUUUUACCUCAGACCAUAUUCAUGUUUCCCAUUGUCUUCAAAUUUGCAUUUGGUGUUAGACUUGUAUUCAUUCUAUGAUCUUACAUUUUAUUUGGUCAUGUACUUUAAGUCUAUUUUAAUCUAGCACAGUUCCUUUCUUUUCUUUUCUUUUCUUGACAAAUACUAAUUUAAAAUGAUUGAGAAAGUUGUACUGCAGAAUCCCAUCUUGUGAGUCUGUCUAGUUGGUUUCUCACAGCGCUGUUUGGCUUAUAUUGCUAUUCCCACACUACCUGGCAUCCAGAAGUCAUAACUCAAGGCACACAGACAUGAGUUCAGCAUUCUGUGAUAGUGUAGAUCCUAGAUAAAGUAUAUGCUUGAUAUUGCACCAGUCAGAAAAGACAGUAUGUCUCUUCACCUAUCAUUUACAAGCACAGCUUUAGUGGUUCAGCAAGGCAGUCUGAUCCUCUAGCUGGUUUUCCCCUUUGUGAGUGGAUAUACAAUGUUUCUUUCACAUUGACUGCUGUUUCCCAUUGUCUGUUGAAGCAGAUAUUGUAACAUCCAGUGAUGACUAACCUAAAUGAACAAUUUUAUUAAGGUUUAUCCCUUUUUUUCUAGUUCUCUCAUUUCUCUUGCAUUCAUUAGUUGGUUAAUUUAUGUAACCUUAGUUUCCCUCUCAACCUGAACUAUUUGGUUAUCACUAAAUGUAGAUUUCACUGGAAAAGGAAGUUUGAAUGUUUCAUGUCCAUUUAAUUAUAAUUUCGAAGUCAGGUUCGUUCAGUAGAUGACAGGCUACAGGUUUUGUAGAUUUCUUUUAGUAUAACUGUAGAAUCGGGACUUUUUAAUUUUAAUGUACUUCAUACCAUCAUAUUCUUUUUGAUGUUCAAGGCAUCACAACUGUGGUCAGUAAAAGUCACUACAAGUUUUGUUUCUGUUGCUUGUAGUAGGCCUCAAAACAAUGGUUUUUCAGAAAGCUAACUGCCCAGGCAUAAUAGACAUCUUCCUCAGAAGCCCUUAACAGCUACAUCAAUUACUCACUAAACCUGUGAGUAAAAUGCCUCUCUCACAUUCUUCAGAGUUGAUGCAGAAAUGUUUAAAGGUUGAGGGCCAUUAAGCCAAUUUUGUCUUAUUUUAUUAUGUUAGAGUCUCAAUUCCCUAUGUAACCCAGGCUGGCUUCAAACUCAUGCAAACUCACAAUCCUCCUGCCUCAGCCCUGUGGCAGCAGACUUGUAGAUGUGUGCCAUCAUACUUGGCUUUUUCUUAUACUUCUUUCUAACGUCUAUCAGUUCACAGUAAAUCAAAGCAUCGACCACCUGUCUGAAGCUCCUACUGCUUGAAGAGUUGCUGAGGUUUUGUUUGUUUUGUGUGUAUG